AUGGCUUCUACAGAUACUGAGUACAAAUCAUCUUCAACUCCACCACCUCCGGCCGCCGUGGAUUACUUUAAAUUUGAUGUGAUCCUCAGAUUUGUGUUGUUGGCGGCAUCAGUGGUGGUGAUUGCAGUGAUUGUCUCUAGUGAUCAAACAGAGGUAGUGCUUUUCCAAAAUACGCUUGAGCCACAUCCAGUAAAGUUCAAAUACUCACCAGCUUUUGUAUAUUUUGUGGCUGCAUUCAGUGUUUCUGGCCUUUAUGCUCUCAUUUCAGCCCUUGCAUCAAUCUCUGUCAUCCAGAAGCCAGAAUUCAAAUUGAAGUUCCUCCUCCACUUUCUUUUCUGGGAUGCGCUGAUAUUGGGGAUAACAGCCUCAGCAACAGGAGCAGCUGGGAGUAUAGCAUAUCUUGGAUUAAAGGGCAACGACCAUGUGGGUUGGAUCAAAGUUUGCAAUGUCUAUGACAAGUUCUGCAGGCACCUUGCUGGCUCCAUAGCAGUGGCUUUGUUUGGAAGCAUUGUAACUGUCUUGCUCGUCUGGCUUUCAGCUUUCACCAUUCACAAUUGGGUCCCCAAAUAAA